AUGAGUUCCUUCUUUGCUUCCAUACUAAAUCCUUCGGAAGAGUCGCCGGACAUAUUCAAUUCAGAUCUGCGAAGCAGUACAAAGCAACCGCGCAGUUCGCUGGACUGGCCGAGGACAUCCAAAACCGAGACCACUGGAAAUACUCGCAACCCGAAUUACCCUCUCGUCGUGGCCAGGCCUCGGAAUUACGCUCGCAGUCCCGCGAACGCCACUGAAGCAUACGUGAACGAUGCGAGUGGCAGUUUAUCCACCGCGACAUCCACGGCAUAUUUUGUCCGUUCGAAGCGAGCAGCACCCAAUGCAACCGAAAUAUCUGUCGAGAAGGAGGGCGAGCGAGCAGGCGAAAGACUGGAACAAGCAGAAGAGGAGGGGGCAGAUGACGGCCAUGUACGCGCCUGCUGCUUCAAGCGCUUCGUCCAACACCGUUGGGCGGGGGACUCGGUCGAGAUCCAGGUCGAAUGGGACGAGGGUGAUAUUACCUGGGAACCUGAGGGCAACCUACAUGAGGACGCCCCAGAAGCCCUCUUUGCAUACUGGAAGAGUCAAGGUGCAAGGCCAACGAACCCCGCUGAUCCCGACUUGUUCUGCAUAUUCGCAAUACGGAAACAUAACAACAACCGCAAGCGGCUUUUAGUGGAGUGGGUGGGCUACGGCCCAGAGGAUAUGACGUGGGUAUCGCGGAGGAGUGUGGAGGAGACAGCGCCAGAGAUGGUGGCGCAAUACUUGAAUAAGGUGAAACGGAGACGGUGA